GAGAUAGAUAGGCCUAUCAGCAUAUGAUUGGCUGAUGGAAGAGCGAGCAAUUUGGCCCCAAACAAAGAUACACAGACAGAAGAGGAUCUGAGCUGAGGUCUCCCUUCGAGAAAAAUCUCCAAAAAAAUUGAAAAAUGGCGGUGUCAACAGCACCUCCGACCACUACCGCUACAGCUUUUCUCAAGACCGUUGACCGUCGUCUCAGUUCUGCUAACACUUCGCCGCUCCGUCGUAUCUUUCCCGCCAAUAAAUCCUCCAAGAUUUUAGCCAUGGCACCGAAAAAGAAGGUGAACAAGUACGACAAAAGUUGGAAAAAGGAGUGGUUUGGGGCUGGGCUGUUCUUCGAAGGAAGCGAAGAAGUAAACGUCGACGUAUUCAAAAAGCUCGAAAAACGUAAAGUGUUGAGCAACGUCGAGAAAGCAGGGCUGUUAUCCAAGGCGGAGAAGCUAGGAUUCACUCUUUCAUCCAUCGAGAAAUUGGGGAUUCUGUCAAAAGCGGAGGAGCUAGGGCUUCUCAGCUUGCUUGAAACCGCGGCCGGAUUCUCUCCGGCAGCUUUAGCAUCGGCGGCGCUGCCAGUUCUGGUGGCGGCGAUACUAGCAAUUGUAUACAUCCCAGAUGAUUCUACCGCUCUCGUGGUGGUGCAGACCGUCAUUGCAGGUACGCUUGCUGCCACAGCUACCGGAUUGUUUGUUGGUUCGAUUGUGUUAGAGGGAGUACAGGAAGCUGAUUAGCCUGUUGUUUGUUUGUAUUAAAGUUUUGGUAAUUAUGAUUUGUGAAUAACCGAUGUUUGUUCUGAUUCAAAUUUGUUACCAAGGAAUAUGUAUUUACACACUAUAACUUUUAUAAUCUGCGAAGUCAUUAGAAAAAUUGGAAGAAUUGUUUCCUUUGUUUGAUUUGUAAUUUUGUAUCCAUACAAAAGGGUUUUAAUAACAUUAAAUAACCCAAAACAAAAAUGUGAACUUAUUAAACCGUUAUAAUAUAACUACAAGUGCGUGUUACUAAACUAAAACAUGAUCUCCCAUGGGUUACACACAUUAACUCUCGAAAGGUUUGUUUGCUGAAAUGACAAGAAAAUAAGGUGCUUCCUUGCUUAAAUUUGUGGUCAACAAAAAGUCAACUCAAGUCAAAGUUUUAGACCUUGUCUUUAUGUGUCUUUUACCUGUUUUACACUUUUGUCCCUGUUUUGCAUAUAAUACAAACAUAGUUUGCAAUUUCACUACUUUCACUUUUAUACUUGUAACUUUUCACUCAAAUUCACUUCUCAUACUUAC